AUGGCUCAAAAAGGACAACAGCUGAAGACCUUCAAAGAGGGCAAGGGGACCAAGACGGUCUUCACCCUCAACACUGGCGACAAAAUGCCAGGUGUAGGUCUAGGAACGUGGCAAUCGAAGCCAAAUGAGGUCAGAGAAGCAGUCAAGCACGCUCUGCAGUCUGGCUACAGACACAUUGACACUGCCCUCGCUUACGGCAACGAGAGUGAAGUCGGCGACGGCAUAAUCGACUCCGGUGUACCCAGAAACGAGAUCUGGCUUACAACCAAACUCGACAACCCAUGGCACAAGCGCGUCCCAGAAGGCAUUGCAUCUUCUCUAAAAGACCUAAAGACAGAUUACGUCGACCUAUACCUCAUGCACUGGCCCAGCUCAACAGACCCAGACGACCUCAAGAAGUCAUACACAGACUGGAACUUCAUCGAUACAUGGCGCGAGAUGCAGAAGCUUGUCGGCACCGGCAAAGUACGCAACAUCGGUGUAUCAAACUUCGACCAAGAAAACCUCGAGAAACUCCUCGCUGCCGACUCAACCACCAUCGUCCCAGCCGUCAACCAAAUCGAGCUUCACCCCAACCAUCCGUCGCCCAAACUCCUCAAGUACAACCAGUCCCAGGGCAUCCAUAGCACCGCCUAUUCCUGCCUCGGCUCGACCGACAGCCCUCUCUACAAGGACAAGACCCUACUCGAGUUGGCCGAGAAGAAGGGCAAAACGCCACAGCAGUGCAUGCUCAUGUGGGGUUUGCAGAGAGAGACGAGUGUCAUUCCAAAAUCAGUCUCGCCGAAGAGAAUCGAUGCCAACUUCGAGCUUGAUGGUUGGGAGUUGACGGACGAAGAGAUGCAGACGCUGAGCAGCCUGAAAGAUCGAUUUAAGGUCUGUGGUGAUGGUUGGCUGCCGGCUGGUGUCAAGGUCUUCUUUGGCAAUGACGAGUAG